UUCAACAUUACAUACAACCAACCACAAAAACCUCAAGUCAUGGAGCCUUUCAUCAUCUUCUCCAUUGUUGCUUCUUCUCUAGUGCUCUUCACUUGUUGGGCACUCAUAACUCCCAAGACCAGAAAAAACAUGCCACCAGGACCACCAAAGCUCCCAAUUAUUGGAAACAUACACCAACUCGAAAAACAAACGCCUCAUCGAAACCUUAGAAACUUGGCCCGAAAAUAUGGUCCCAUCAUGCAUUUACAACUUGGGCAAGUUUCUACCGUUGUCAUAUCCUCGCCCCGAUUAGCCCAUGAUAUCUUGAAGAUCCAGGAUCUCAGCUUUGCAGACAGACCCACAGCUACAACCCCACAGAUAUUUUUUUAUAACUCUACGAGUAUCGGAUGGUCAUGUUAUGGGAAUUACUUGAGAGAGAUGAAGAAGAUUGCUACCUUAGAACUAUUUAGCACGAUAAAAGUCCGAUCAUUUUCCUAUAUUCGAGAGAGUGAGCUUACUCGUGUGUUUAAGUUUCUUGAUUCUUGUUGUGGGACAGUUAUAAACUUUAGGGAAAUGACUGUACAGAUGGUUAAUAACAUUGUUAGCAGAGCUACCUUAGGAGAUGUGUGCAAAGAUAGAGAGUACUUAGUAGAUGCUGCAUUUUUCAUGUUGAAAACAUUUAGUGCUUUUAAUCUGUUUAAUUAUUACCCUCGUUUGGAUUUCCUUAAUGUCAUUACUGGGAAGAAAGCUCAGUGGUUGAAGAUGCAUAAUGAGCUUGAUAUAAUCCUGAAGAAAAUCUUGGAGGAACACAGAAGUAGACAACGUAGCAGCCAGGAUCAUGAAGAUCUUGUUGAUGUUCUUAUACGGGUCAAAGACACUGGUGAUCUUGAUUUCCCCAUCACUGAUGACAAUAUCAAAGCUAUCAUUCUUGAAAUGUUGAUGGCUGGGACAAGUUCGUCAUCAAUGACAAUUGAAUGGGCAUUUUGUGAAAUGAUGAGGAACCCAAAGAUAAUGAAGAAAGCACAAUCCGAAGUGAGAGCAGUAGUGAAGGGAAAAACAAUCACAGAGGCUGACAUACAAAGAAUGCACUACAUGAAGUUGGUAGUAAAGGAAACAAUGAGGUUACACUGUGUCCCUAUUUUGCUUCCCAGAGUGAAUCCAAAGGAUUGUGUUGUCGAUGGAUACGAUAUACCCGCAAAGACGACAGUACUUAUAAAUGCUUGGGCAUGUGCAACAGAUCCUGAUAGUUGGGAAAGUCCCGAAAGUUUCAUUCCGGAAAGAUUUGAAAACAGUUUGAUUAGCUAUUCGGGUACGCACUUUGAGUUCCUUCCAUUUGGAGCUGGUAGGAGAAUGUGCCCUGGUCUGAACUUUGGCCUGGCUACGGUUGAAUAUGCCAUUGCUAGUUUGCUGCAUCGUUACGACUGGAAGCUUCCGGAUGGUGUAAAACAUCAUGAUAUGGAUAUGAGAGAAAUUACUCGAAUAUCGACAUUACCUAUACAACCCUUGCAGAUUGUCCCAAUCUCUAUGGCAAAACCAAACUAGAAAGAAACCAUUGGUAAUAUGGAUUCUAUCAUUCUAUGCCUUUUAUUCAUCCUUGUACUAUGUUGCAUGGUGUGUAACUACAUGCAGUUAUAUACAAUAAGUCUCUUGUACUAUGUUGCAUGGUGUGUUACUACAUGCAGUUAUAUACAAUAAGUCUAAGACAAAGGGAUGAAAAGGAAAUUUUAGAAUGUUAACUUCUUUGCUUGUAAAACAUGUGAAAGCAAUAUGUGAAAACAUGUGUUUUCUC